GGAAGGGAAGGCGAAUGUUUGGGUUAAACCAUGUCGUGGGAGGAGUUUGAAAACGAGGCUGUCAUGUCUGUUACAUUCCGACCUCCUCACUACAUGCAUAGCAAUUGAUGAAAUCGCGUUCCCCUCCAGAGCGGAGGUGUUGACAGUUGAGGAGACAACGCCGUUUUCUUCAAUAGUGAGAGCGUCGGUGAAGAUGAAGUUGACUAUGAGAAGGAGGGAAGUUGUGGUGAGGAAAAGAUGGUUUGUAAAUGAACAGGACGGGUUCGCCGUGGUCCACUUGAGGAGUAUAAUUGAUAAGGUUGGGGUCGACUCGCGAACGCCACAGAUGAAUCUGGAGGAUGUUAUUAUUUUGCUGAUACCAAUGAGCGAAGAUGUGACGUUCAUGACGAGAGUUAUGGAGUUUGAUCCGGAUACAAAUUUGAUUGGUUUUAAGUUGUUGGAGAUGACCGCCGCACGAUUUGGUCUGAGGCAAUUGGAUGAUUUUGAGGCAAUGUUGUCGUCGCCGGAGAUAGUUAAAGGACUAGAGCCUUUGCCGAAGCCUCUAACGCAAAGCUUGACCGCUUUGAAUCAACGUCGACUCCUCCCCAAUAGAAUCAAGAGGAGCUCGUCAUUGGAGCUGUUGAGCAUCGGAUGGAUCAAAGAUGCGAGGGAGAGAUGGAUGAGGUUGGUUCGAUUUGGUAUACUGGGUUUGUGA